CAUGUUUUCCAUUGCGUAUAUAUCCUACGUUAGUGUUGUGACAGACAAAAUAUAUACUCAACAAACUGUUAACUUCAUUAUUGAAUCAAACAUUUGAAAAAAGUAAUUCAUUAUAUUCUAAAUUUUAGUUUAAUAAAAACGCUAAGUUCUUUUGUUCACGCUAAGUUCUUUUGGUGUACGUAAGAGUUACGUUUAAGUUAUCGAAAAAUUAUUAGUUAAUAAUAAUGUUGGGUAAAAAGUUAACGCUAUGUGGUUUAUUAUACAAGUCUUAAAUUACAUUACAAAGAAUUUUAUCAAUUAGAAUUUGUAUAACAUUAAUGCUUUUAGUUAUAUUUGGCUAUAGGAGUUUUUAUGAGGAGCAGUGACAGAGUGACUAUUUGUGCUUUUUUCUAUUUUUCGUUUGUAGUACAACAAAUUCUUGACAGUGUUUAUGAAAGAUGUUUUAAUGAAUUUACGAUUCGCUUGUUCGUGUUUUGUUAUCAUCAAUUUAAUAACAGACAGUGACUAACCCAAGAGAUCAUUAAUGUUGUAUUUUUUUGUCGUCCUCGUCUCAAAUAUUGUAUCAUGACGAGAUCUAAGACUUCCGCGGGUAUUCAUUCAAAUAAAAAAUAUAUUUUUCGGAUUACACUACGUAUAUAUUAUUAGUUUAAAUUGUAUUGCAUUAAUAACGUUGAAAGUUUUAAAAUGUUGCCAUAAGAAAACUAUUUUUAUAUCCAAACAUUGGUUAGCGACCGUAAUUUUGAUUAUCAAAAUAAAACAUCUCGUAUACUCUGCGUUCGUGACAAACUUUUGACAGUUUCUUUGAUACUGUUUCAAAAGUAUUUCGGUUUAACCCGUCAGAUGGAACAUUGCCUAAUAAUCCCCACAACGUGGAGCGGUUAUUCCAUUUUGAUUGCGAUACUGUUCUUCGUAAACUUUCACUUUCAACAUCAGAAUCCCCGAAUCGCCGUAGCCUCAGUCAGUAGGCGACUCAAACUGGGAACAGCUGAUUUGAAUACCACCGCUACCAAAAAUGAAACUUCCAGUGGUGAUUUUUCUCCUGCUAUGUUCGUUGUUCCUCGUUAACUCGCAGGAUGUGUCCGAAACCCGUGAUCUUGCCGACGAUGGUGAGGACUACGAUGAACUUGGCCGCAAACAUCGCAAGAAGAAAAAACAUCAAAAUAAUCCUUGUUACGGAGGUUACGGGCGGACUUUUGGAGACAAAUUCGGACAUCCUGAUCAAACUUAUAUUUCUGCUCCUGUCACUAACUACUUCUUUGGUUGCGGAGGUCCUGUGGUACCACAACAUCAAGGACAUGGCCAUGGCCACGGCGGCCACGGCCACGGCCACGGCGGACACGGUCACGGUGGCCACGGUCAUAUAGGGUACGGCCAGCACGGUGGAUUCAACGGACCCCUUAAUUAUGGAUUCAACCAAGGAUUCAAUCAACCCUAUCCAUUUGCUCAACACCAAUAUCCGUUCAAUGGUGGCUACAACGUGGCCUCCGCUGCAGCAUCAGGUUUCGGCAAUCUCGUGUCAGGUUAUUUUAAUCGACCCAGAAAAGUCAACCGACAAAUAAAUCAGUUUUUAAGACCGUUAUAUAAUCUGUUCUGAAACCUGUGUUAUGAAAUAGAUUAGGUAAAUGUUAUAAAAUAAUAUAAUCGUAGUAGUAAGAACGUAUUUAUAUAACUUUUUUAUAUGAAUAUUUUAAUCUCCUUUAUCUUAGUAGGCGAUUUUGUGUUUAAAAAUCGCUUUUUAAUACAGCGAAGUACGUAUUUGAUAAGUAGUAAAGUUUUAUUUACUCAAUAUUUAUGUAUUAAAGUGAUUUUUUAAGAUUCGUUUUAAUAAAAAUUUUAUAUAUAUAUAUAUACAUAUAUAUUUCAAUAAAUAUUGUGGCCCCAUUACCUUGAUAAUCAUUAAGACGCUGGCGAUGCGAUUACCUCACAAUACACAUUGAAUAAUAUUAUAAUUUUUAUUGUGUGUUAUAUAAAAUAAAAUAAUAAAAAUAUAUUUAUGUAAACAGUGUUGAUAUAAAACCAUUACUAGUAAAUAUCUCAUUAUAUGUAGGAAUUCAUUUUAUUUGUAUGUCAACGCAUAAUUUAUAAAUAAUAUCAAGUGACUUCUGAUUUUUUUUUGUUUUUUAAUCAUAUACAAUAGCUAUUAAGAUGGUUGCAAUCAAUUAUGAAUAUGCAUAAUGUUUUUAUCGUUGCAAAAUGCAAAGUUUAACCUAAUGGCUUCCAACUUUAAUAAUCGUAAUUAGUAUUUCCAAGUUAAUUAACUGAUCAUUAAAUAUAACCUUU